CCUUCCCGGUCCACACCGAUCCAUUGGCCCGUAAACUGCACACCACUGAUUCUGCGGUAAAGAUGGCGGCGUCGGAGGGGGCGCGUAGUGAUUUGAGCAAAGCAGCUCGACCCUCUAUGGGUCUGUUUUAGCAGGAACAACUUCUGUAUCACCAGAAUGAGAUUUACCGGCUCGAUGAGAUAUUAAAUGGUGCCGUUAAGGUGAAUUGAACUGAUUGGUGACACAGUAGAGGCGCGGUGGGUGGGAUCACACACACACACACACACACACACACACACACACACACACACACACCGCUAGCUCUCGGGCUAGGCUAUCGCGCUAAGUGGGGGUGAAGAGCACAGUCAAUAGGCCGCUCCGCUGUUCUCUUAAGGGGGGAUGUGAUCCAGGCGGACGGUGGUGUUUACUUGCUCCGGUCCCCGGCGGAUCUUUACACGUAAACGCGCUGGUGAAAUGGGACAGCAGGUAGGGCGAGUGGGUGAUGGGGCCUCGGCGGCACUCCAAAGCCCACCACACGGACACUCACAGCAACCGCAGCCGCACCAAAGCAGAGGGAGCCGGGGGAGCAGCUCCGGGAGGAGACCGCGGGAAGCGACGAGCGCCGGGACACCAGCGUGCAGACUCGCCGUUACCGCUAACGCUUCCGACCCUGGAAUUAACAUAUUCACUCAGCAUUCAGAGGCCCUGCAUAGGCCGUUUGGAUUGGACUCGUCCAAUCUGACUGAGGCAGUGCGUUGGAGCUCAAAGGAGAACCUGCUGGGUGCUGCUGAAAGUGACCCAAACCUGUUUGUCGCACUUUACGACUUCGUGGCCAGUGGUGACAACACGCUGAGCAUCACAAAAGGAGAGAAGCUCAGGGUGCUGGGCUAUAACCAGAAUGGCGAAUGGAGUGAAGUUCGCUCUAAGAACGGUCAAGGCUGGGUCCCCAGUAACUACAUCACACCUGUGAACAGUCUGGAGAAGCACAGCUGGUAUCACGGUCCCGUGUCUCGCAGCGCAGCCGAGUAUCUACUCAGCAGCCUCAUCAACGGCAGCUUUCUUGUGAGGGAGAGUGAGAGCAGCCCGGGCCAGCUCUCUAUUUCACUGCGCUACGAGGGCCGAGUCUACCACUACCGCAUUAACACUGCCUCUGAUGGCAAGGUCUAUGUAACCUCAGAGAGCAGGUUCAGCACAUUAGCCGAGCUGGUCCAUCAUCAUUCCACUGUAGCGGAUGGUCUGGUGACGACGCUGCACUACCCAGCCCCGAAAUGCAACAAGCCCACCGUCUACGGGGUCUCGCCCAUCCACGACAAGUGGGAGAUGGAGCGCACUGAUAUAACCAUGAAGCACAAGCUAGGAGGAGGCCAGUAUGGAGAGGUCUAUGUGGGUGUCUGGAAGAAAUACAACCUCACGGUUGCUGUCAAAACACUCAAGGAAGACACUAUGGAAGUGGAAGAGUUUCUGAAAGAGGCUGCGGUCAUGAAAGAGGUGAAACACCCCAAUCUAGUGCAGCUGCUUGGUGUAUGCACACUGGAGCCUCCUUUCUACAUCGUGACUGAGUACAUGCCUCACGGCAACCUCCUGGACUACCUCCGUGAGUGUGACCGUGAGGAGGUGAAUGCUGUCGUGCUGCUCUACAUGGCCACUCAGAUUUCCUCUGCCAUGGAAUACCUGGAAAAAAAGAACUUUAUUCAUAGGGACCUGGCUGCACGAAACUGUCUAGUAGGAGAGAACCAUGUGGUAAAGGUGGCUGAUUUUGGCUUGAGUCGGCUGAUGACAGGAGACACGUACACAGCUCAUGCUGGCGCCAAGUUCCCCAUCAAGUGGACUGCACCAGAGAGCCUAGCCUACAACACCUUUUCCAUCAAAUCAGACGUCUGGGCAUUUGGAGUGCUUCUGUGGGAGAUUGCGACCUAUGGUAUGUCUCCAUAUCCUGGUAUUGACCUGUCUCAGGUUUAUGACCUGCUGGAGAAGGGCUACCGCAUGGAACAGCCAGAAGGCUGUCCUCCAAAAGUCUACGAACUUAUGAGGGCAUGUUGGCAGUGGAGCCCACUGGACAGACCCUCGUUUGCAGAGAUCCAUCAGGCCUUUGAGACAAUGUUCCAUGACUCCAGCAUAUCAGAAGAAGUGGCAGAGGAACUGUGUAAGACUGCCUCUUGUGGUAAGGGUGGGGUAGUGCACUCGUUCAGUCACGAUCAACCCCUCGUGCCCUCCAAGUCACGGCAGCAGAAGAAGCACUCAGACAAUAAGGAGAACAUGGAGGGACUGGAGAGUCGGCAUGAGCCUGGAGCUCACGGUCCUUCAGGUACAUCAGCUGAUCUCCACUUCACACCCUCUCUACUGGUAGGUGAUGGUCGUUCCAGCAGCUCUCCUGCUCUGCCCCGGAAGCAGAGGGACAAAUCUUCUAGUGGCCUGCUUGAUGACAUGUUGGAUGCUACUUUUACUCGUGACCGCAAAGCUGGCUUCUUCAGCUCUUUCAUGAAGAAGAAAUCAACAACCACUUCCACCUCUCAGCCUCAGCACAACCCCAGUGGUUCCUUUCGAGACCUUGAGACACAGCCUCACAAGAAGUACGAACCCACAACUGCUUUUGGUGGUCCUCCUCCACUGCCUCAGACUGAUGGCCUUGGCUUCUCUCCGUCUCAUGGAGAAGGAAACCAUGUUCAGUCACGGUGCUGUGGAGCCACUUUUGGCCAGAAGCUCUCUGGAACAAACUCUUCCACCUCUAACCAGGUGGGCAGCAGCAGUAGCUGGGCAGGACUUGCAGGCUUCUUCACACCACGCCUUAUAAAAAAAACCCUGGGGUUGCGAACUGGGAAGUCUUCUGCGACUGAUGAAGGGGGUGGGGCAGCCAGGCCCUUUCCUCGUUCAAAUUCAACGUCCUCCAUGUCAGCUGGGCUGCCAGAUUUGGAGCGCAUGGCGCUAACGUUACCAAGGAACCGUAGCAAACCACCACUGGAACGCACAGUGUCCACCACAUCACAGCCAGAGAAUGGUGCCCCGCGACCCUCAGACACUCCGUCCCGAAAGCUGGACGAGGGCACAGCUCAGAUCCGGGACAGACCAAAAGCUAAACUUUUGCCACGUGCAGUAUCGGUGGGCACAGGAGCGGCUAGAGCACCAGGGGUUGGGGGUGAGGCAGAGUCUGAUGCUCAUACUCAGGGUAGAGUGGGGCAGGAUGACAGACCGGCCUGGUCUUCUCCAUCUAAAACGUUAGUCGGCCCACACAAUCAUAAAGUCCCAGUCCUAAUCUCUCCAACAUUGAAGCCUGGCACAGCUGAUCCACACCUGGUUGGUGUAGACUCUCAGGGCAACCGCUUCAAGCUGCUGGCUGAUAGUGGCACCGAUAGGCCACGACUGAUCAAACCCAAGUGUGCCCCACCUCCUCCACCCACACUGCGCACUCUCCAACACAGUUAUAGCACAGAAGGUGCUGAUGAAGCAACUAACAUGAGCCCAGAGAUCAAUGGAGAUGGGGUCAAAAGAUCGGGGAGAGGGUCAGGAGGAGCUCGACCAUGUAUACCGCCACCACAAGCACCUCCAGCAUCUGCUGCUUCUUCCAGUAAUAUCACAACAAACAAGAUGGCCAAUGGUGGCACUACCUCUGCCUCCUCAAAGCUGACACUGAGACGGACCCGGCAGCAGCUAGAACGUAUACCACUGGAAAAAGUGAGUAAAGAAGCUCUGCUGGAAUGUGCUGAGUGCCUGAGCCUUGCGCUCCACAGCAGUACAGAGCCAUGCUCUAGCAGCCAAGUCUUGGAUGCUGGACACCAGUUACUCGACUACUGUUCAGGCUAUGUAGACUGCAUCCCACAAACACGGAACAAGUUUGCCUUUCGUGAGGCUUUGGGGAAACUUGAACUCAGCCUCCAGGAACUGCGGGCUUCUUCUACGGGUGGAGGAGGGGGACUAAGUGGAAGUGGGACAAGUCCUGCUCUGGACAACUUGCACUCUUGCAUUAAAGAGAUCAGCGAUGUAGUGCAAAGGUAGUUAGUGGAGUCACAUGAAACCCUGCUAUCCUAAUAGGACUUUUUACAAGUUUUUAAGUAUUGUUUUGUAAAUGAUUGGGGUCAGAGGAUAUUCUCUCAAAAGUACCUCAGUAAAAUCACUACAAAUGGUCUCUCCCCUCUCCAUUAUUGUUUACAGUGGACUUUGAAAUCGCCAGUUGGAUAUAGAGCUCUAAACUUGUAAAUAAGCUUGUUGUCCAAAACAAAUCAUAUACAGUGUCUUUUGUCCAGGUUUGGCUUCUUAUUUUGUGAUCAAAAGAGCCUACAUUUUAAAAGUAAUAGAUUAAUCGAUACCCAUGAACCAUUUUUUUUUGCCAUAUUUCUAUGACUAUAUUAGAAAAAUUGCAGAAUUCUCAUUAUUACAUAAAUUACUUUUCACAAUAACUGGAUAUGCACAACAAACCCAUUACCAUAAAAAUUAUCAGGCGUGUCCUGCUUGUGCUCUGCAUACACUGUUGGAUAUUAGCAGUACUGAGCCUUCGGCACAAACGACACAUCACACAGUCACUGUCACUUCUGACUGAUUUCAUACAUCUAUGUAUAGACAUUUCAGCAUUUGAUAUAAGGUCAUGGUUCUGUAGCAGUGUAGGCUAAUGUCGUUGGGAAAGUAUCGAUGGUCAAUAUACUGAACAUAGAGCAUCAUCUCUGUGGGUUAGUGCUUUUUAUUUAAGUGACCUUUUAAGAAUGCUCUUCGUUGUCAGGAUUUUUAGCUAAUGUCAACUUCAGGAUUCCAGUUAUUUUGUCCAUAGAAUGAUUACCCAUAGAAUGUCCAUAGAAACAGCAGGCUUUCAAGCAACAAAGCUCAAUGGGGACAAUCAUAAGAUGCAUGAUGAUAAAUAACAGAUAAUUCCAGCUGAUAUGUAAGUAUUUGAUACGUAUAUGUAACAGAUAUUGUUUCAAUUUUGAAGCAACACGCUAAGGUCUAACAACCAAAAGAGUUAAUGGAUAAAGGAUAGUUUCAUAUCCAGUAAUUAUGCCAGAAUCUUAACAAAUCAUCUAUGUCAAUGUUUUACUGGUAUUCCUACAGACAUGUGAAUAUUGAUUAUAGGAAAUGACUCGGAAUGUUUUCAGAGGUUACAAGCAGGUUUGCCCUAACCUCGACCUAACAGUUGAAUGUUAUGCUAAUUUUAGACAUAGAUGGGCUUUUGUUUGUCUAGAUGGGACACGGGCACAAGUUUGGACACUGUGGUUUCCCACUGUGACUAUAGACACUCACUGCAGAACAGCAACUUUACUGCAAUAUUGCUAGAUACAAGUUACACAGCAAACUGCCAUUUCUAUCGCACAUUGGUUUGUACUUUUUCUUUUUAUUCUUCUAAAUGUCUUCUAAACUUGAAUUUUAAAUUAUUUCUUAUUAAAAGCACAGGAGGUUUUUGUUAUGAUAAAUUAAUAAUUGUGCAUUAUGUCCUACAAGAAGCAUUAAAGAGUGGUUGCCUGAUCUAAAGGAUAUUGUUCCUUAUAAAAAUAUAAGAUUGAAAUGAAACAAAGGUCUCCAUCUGAGCAUCUACAAUGUGAAUGUAUCCAUCUUGUCAGAUUCGAAAACCUUAAAAUAUGGGUGCAGUUUCCUAUUUUUCCCUCUUAUUUUGAAGCCUUGUAAUGUCAUUAAAUUGAUUAUGUACUUUUUACACUGGAUGCCAUUUUAAAGCAUAGAUGUUAAUGGGCUUGCCUUAAAUCAUCUAUGUGUUAUAAUGUGGAAAUGUUAUUGUCUGUACCAUUCAUCUCGAAUUCAUUUGGAUUCCUCUCAACCGGAACAGAGCAUAUGUUCCAUGCAUACGUUUGGGAAACAGUUUUGGUUUGAAGUUUUGGUUUUCAUCAGAUGACGCUUGGUGGUUUUCUCUACCAUAAGCAGCUUCCACAAUUUCAUGGUGCCUUUUUUGUGAGCGAUUUCAUAGCUACGAUAUAAUAAUGCAUUAGGAAGAUGGAAAUGGGAAUGAGUUACUCAUUUAUAUGUAAAAUAAUGCUUGACUCAUCAGGCAUUAUAUGAUGUCUGACUUCAACAGAAAGAUGUGCAAUGUUUUGUCCUGUAGCAGUAAAAAAAAAAACAACAACAGGGCAUUUAAGACCAUUUUGCUGAUGAGAUCAUUCAAUGGUUAGAUCUUGUUGGGAUUUCCUCACUGACUAAAUCCUCAAACAAUAAUUUUGUUCCUUAUUCUGGGCGAAAAGCAAAACUAUAUAGAGAUGUUCUAACAGAAUUAUUCAACCUGUGAGAAAUCUAGUUCUUUAAAAUUGUUUGACAGUUGCAUAACUUUGGGGAGGAGGAUUUAAAGGAAAGAGUUAAAAGAUUGACCCUAGUUCAAGUGAUUUCAGGGAAUAUUUUUAAGAUACAGUAUGAGAGCUUGAAAUGGCAAAGUGCUUAAUUUAAUUACAUACAGUAAGGCAUCAUCAUGCUGUUCUUUAGUGUUGCCUUUCUAUAAUUUGGUCUUUUACUCAGUUUGGGAUCUUCAUUAUACUGUAUAUGUGCUGCACGAGUUGGCAACAAGGCAAACCUGUGAAGUAAAGCAGAAUUUCCUGUUCCUGUUUGCUGGUCUAUGUUCAAAGCCAUCUUUCACACAUUUUUUUUCACACAAUGUUUUGCCCUUUUUCACUCUGUAGUUUUAUUUUGACACUGUCUUUUAAUUUAUUGUUGUUAUUAUUUUUUUUUUAUUAUUAUUAUUUCUUUCCAGUUUUAUUUAUGUAAUUUUUAAGAGAUAUUGAAUCCUGGAAAUAACAUGUUCUUUUUGUAUGAUGAGGUUUGUAGUUCUGUAGAUUAUUUUUGUUUUUUAUGUAAAACUUCCUUUAUAUACCAAAGGCCACCUCUGCAGUCGUUUAAGUGCAAUGACAAAUGGAACACUCUUAAUUUUAAAUAUGUGAAUUUUAAGGGGGAUUUAAAAAGGGCAGAGGUUGACAGAAUAACAGUAUUUUUCUGUUAUGUAAAAAGUAUAUUUUGUGUGAUUCUAAUUUAAAGCUCACUUUUAAUAGCAUAUUACUGUGAAGUGCUCCCUCAGUGUUACACUUGAUGUAAAUAAUAAUUAAAAAGGGUUGAAGCUUAUG